UAGCAGUAUUUGUUUCUUGGAGGCGAAGUUACAGACCUACUGUCGUCCCUUGCGGCCUUGCCGUAGUGCCGUGCACGAGCAAUGAAACUCAGUUGACAAGUGAUUCCACGAAACUGACACUUUUCACAUGAAUUCAAUUCCAAGACCUCUACCAUCACUUGCUACUGAUUACCUAACGUUCGUCCUAUCGACCAACAAUCUCUUAAACCUCCGUCAAUUACAACAAAUCCACGGUCAACUGCUCACCAGUGGACGUCUCAGUUCCACUCCCCUCCUCACCACCUUCCUCACAUCCUAUUACCGUACCCACAAAACUAAUCACUACCCAUUGCUUUUCUUGCGAAAUUUACCAAAACCCAACAACCCUUUCUUAUGGAAUUCCAUGGUUCAACUCUCGUUACAAUCUGAAAAUUGGCUAGAUUUUCUGGGUUUCUACAAUGGGCUGAGAGAGAAUUAUUUGUUCCCUAAUAAAAGUUUAGUCUCUUUGAUAUUUCGGGCGUGUGCUGGUCUAUGUGCGACUCAUUUAGGGGAAUCGUUCCGUUGUCAGUUACUGAAAAUGGGUAUUCUUUUUGACGUGGUUUUGCAAACUGGGUUGAUUGAUUUCUAUGCAAAGGUGGGGGAUUUGAGGUCCGCAGAAAAGGUGUUCGAGGAAAUGACUGAAAGAGAUGUUGUGGCAAACAAUGUGAUGCUAUCGGGAUUUACUAAGCAUGGGUUUGUCGAGGAGGCUCGGAGGUUGUUUGAUAGUAUGCAAGAGCGAGAUUCUUGUUCUUGGAAUUCAAUGAUCACUUGCUAUUGUAAGUUGGGUCAAAUCGAUUCUGCCCGUUUGAUGUUCGACCGCAGUCCUGUCAAAGAUGUGGUCUCAUGGAAUGCCAUAAUUGAUGGAUACUGUAAGUUGGGGCAGCUAAUGAAUGCUGAGGAAUUGUUUGUUCGGAUGGGUUCGGUUAAAAAUUCUGUUACAUGGAAUACCAUGAUUGCGGGGUAUGUUCAAUCAAGAGAAUUUGGCAGAGCAAUGCGUGCUUUCCAACAAAUGCAGGCUCAGAAUGUGAAGCCGACGGAGGUAACAAUGGUCAGCUUGUUAUCUGCAUGUGCUCAUCUUGGUGCUGUAGAUAUGGGCGAGUGGAUACAUGCUUACAUUAGAAGUAAAAACUUCAAAGUUGAUGUUGUUUUAGGUAAUGCUCUUAUAGAUAUGUACUGCAAAUGUGGGAGUAUAGAAGCUGCACUUGAUGUAUUUCAUGGCCUUACUGUAAAGAACACCUUUUGUUGGAAUUCUGUUAUUGUGGGUUUGGGAAUGCACGGUUAUGGAGAAGAAGCAGUUAAUGCUUUCAUUGCAAUGGAGAAGGAAAAUUUAAAACCAGAUGAGGUUACGUUCGUUGGGCUCUUGUCUGGGUGUAGCCAUUCUGGUUUAGUUUCUGCAGGUAGGAGAUAUUUCUCUCAUAUGAGUAGUGUUUUUGGGAUUCAACCUGGAAUUGAACACUAUGGCUGCAUGGUUGAUCUAUUGGGUCGAGCGGGGUUACUUCAAGAGGCAUUGGAUGUCAUAAAAACCAUGCCCAUGAAGCCAAAUUCAGUUGUCUGGGGAACCCUGCUUCGAGCAUGUCGGGUCCACAAGGAUACCAAAUUCAUUGAACAGGUAACCCAGUAUCUGUUGGAGUUGGAAACUAAUGAUGAAGGAAAUUAUGUAGUUUUGUCCAAUCUAUACGCAUCUUUGAAUCGCUGGGAUGAUGUGAAUUUUUGCCGGAAGUUAAUGACUCAGAGGGGAGUGCGUAAAACACCUGGAUGCAGUUCCAUUGAGGUGGACAAUUUAGUACAUGAGUUUGUGGCAGGGGACCCUUCACGUCCUGAAUUCUCACAAUUUGAUGUAUUUUCAGAUGAGAUACAAGAGAAACUCAAAGGGAAUGGGCAUGAGCCAGACAAAGCUUUUUUCCUCCAUGACAUUGAUGAAGAGGAGAAAGAGAGCAUAAUUUGAUGUCAUAGGUUGAGAGAAUUGAUGUUGUUUUUGGACUUAUGAACACAGAACCUGGAAAGACAAUUUGGUGGCUAAUAACCUGCGGACAUUAAUUGAGUAGGGUUCUCCUAUGAAUCUUGUAUCAAGUUAAGCGACCUAAUUGUUAGGGAUUCAAAUCAUUUUCUCCAUAUCACCAAUGGGUCUUGCUCUUGCAAGGAUUAUACUGGUGAUUAGAUUGGUGAGUUGCAGUUUGGAAUGGAAGUGAGACUGCCUUAACUUUUCUUAGAGAUCCUUUAUUGGUGUGAAAGCCGGUGCCCAUCUGGGCCCUCAGAAUUUGUUAAUGCUGGAAGACUCAUGCUUUAUGGACCUUAAAGCAGCUCAUUGGUUUAAGACAAGCAUGGCACAUGCUGCAGUUGUCAUCGGUGGAGAUUUGUAUUAGAGGGAAAAAAAUGUGCUCAAUUUGAGUGUGCUGGUGGGUUCCUAGUCUAAAGACGGUUAUUUGGACUCUUUUUGGCAUCAUAUGGACUUAUGGAGCAUGAUCUAACAAAUGAUUAAAGCACUGGUUUUGCGAUCUACUAGUAAAAUUGCUCUGUUCUGCUUUGCUUUGAUAUAACAGCACAAAUAGUACCCAGCAUUGAAACUUCAGGCUGGGUUAGGCUUGGUAAAGUGCUACAGACAGCUCCUAUGAUUUCUGGGCAUGGUUCAUCUUCUUGUAUGUUGAUUUGAUGAAUGAAUACCCCAGCUAAUGAUAGAGGCAAAUACACUUUCCCGAAAAGUCCCCUUAAUUGGUCAUAAGAUUUAACCGAAUCAAUGGCGAUGAUGGUGCUGAAGAUGGUAGGACAAUUGAUUAACUGAUGAAGUUGGUUAUUAGAAGUUGCGUCUUGUCUUUGUCGUAUAUGCCUUUUUCAAGUCAACUGUUUUGGGGAUAGGAAUAUAAAAAAUUAACCCAGUUGUUCCUGGAACCGUGGAAGCAGUGUAACAGAUUAACCUUCCCAAAUCAUCAGGCCAAAGAAAGGGAUAGAUGACUCUGGUCCACAGGUUCUGCACGAGCGGUGUCAUUAGUUUGGAUGCUGUUUUUGGGAUUAUCCAUUGUUCUUUGACUGAAAUUUUCAUCUUAUGCUACAAAGUAAUUAAACUUCAGCCUAUUACGCAGUUGCAUUGAGUCAUGAAAUUAUAACCUCAUUUGGACUUCUGAAUUUAAUUUCUGAGUAAAAGCCUCUGUUAAUGUUGGUUAAAGAGUUUUUCGUUUAUUUAUUAUUCAGCAAUUAGAUUUAUGUUCUGAUGGGUGAUUGUUUAUUUUUUGGUAGUUUCGUGGCUAAUUUUGGCUUAAUAACUCCAAUGCCGAAUUUUCCUUCGAGUUUUAAAAUGUUUAGCUUGGGAGUUGCCAAUACUUUUUAGAGCUUCAGAUGCCGGAUUUGGGAGUUUCUCCCCUUGGAUUGGCAUGAUUUAUGUUAGCUUCUGUUAUAAUGCUUGAUUUUACAUAUUGAUGUUUGAGUUACAUCUAUAUGGUCUUGUUUCUUUAGUUUACUAAAUUCCUAUCAACUGGUUUUGCAGUGAAGCCUCCUCAAUUAGUUCUACUGCAAGCUGUGAAACUUUGAAUUAAAAUGGCUGAUAAAAAAAAAAAAAAACACUUUGAAUUAAAAUCUUCUGUGAAAAGGGACGAUUUUCCCAGAGUAGCUGUGCAGGCAGAGAGAUAACCAAUGGCGGUAAGUUAUUGCUUUCUUGGAAGUUUACAACUGUGUUUCUUCAAAUGUCAAAGCAUAGGGCAUGGUAAGAUAGAUUAUUCUCAUCCAUUGAAACAACAUGUGCACUCUCCACAAUUCAGGGACCCACAAUGAUGCAAGUCUCACAUGUGCUUCCUCAUGAAUAUAUGUGUGUGCAAGAACGUGUAUGUAUAAAUAUCUUGAGCGUUAUUUAUGUAAAGAUGGUGCAUUUUGUUCUUGAAGAUGCAUGUGAUUAGGAAUUCACAUGCAUGAUUAGGAAUUCACAUGCAUCAUCCAUGACAGUGGUGAUGGUGAUUUUUGUCUAGUGGAGUCAUAAGAAGUUUGUUUUUUUUCGCAAGUCCCGGAAAAAAUAAACCAGCCUCUAAUGAAUGAAAUUACACGAAAAGAUAUAUAUGUUUUAUUUGGUUAUUACAUUGACUCCACCGAAGUAAACAAAAUACCUGGUUUCAACUCAUAUGAAACAAGAAAAGUCUAAACUGCACGCAUAUCUUAUUUUGUAUACUAUUUUAUUUAGUGUAAUGGGAUCGGAUGAGAAAUUUCAUUCCAAAAUUUGUGAACAUGCAAUGUAAUGGGGCGCCCUGAUCCAUGAUGGUGCUCUCUUUUUUCUUUUUUUCUUUCCUUAAUCAUCUCAAUCUAACUUGUUGUUAACUAGUUUAGUACCAGUGCUUUGCAAAUGAAAGAUAAAUGUCAACCCCAUUUUGUAGAUGCUUACAUUAGCUUUUUAAAAAACAGACCCGCACUUCAGGAAAUUCUGGUGGUAUAUAAGCCGCCCAAGUUGUAUACGCAUGGUAGGGAUUCAUGUGUAGGAACAUUAGCCACUUCACACUACUCAAGGAACCUACAUAUGUCAACCCCUCUACCUAGCUGAAUCCCUCUACUAUCUUCCCUCCUUUUCUUUAGGUACUUCUUUGUUGCUUGCACCUGAAACAAAAGAUGCUUAAUCUUCCUGAGAAGUCCAUCAAGGUCUCUACCAGUAGCGUAUCCAAACAGAUCUCGGUGACCAACCCCUCGGAAGUGUACUAUGGUGUUGCUUCAGUUGGCAUACCAUUUUCAUGGGAAUCUCAACCGGGGACGCCUAGAGUCGAGUUCCGCGACUACCCACUUCCUCCUCUUACACCACCACCUUCCUUCCAGUCUAGAUCCACAAAAAAACCCACUAAAAGGGAAUCAAAACCCAACCUUUUCCACAAUGUUCUACCUAAGCUAAGUUGGAGGAAAACCAGUCACCCGCCAUCUCCUUCUUCAUCAUUCUCGUCAUCACCUCGUUCACGGUCACGUUCUGUGCCAUCUUCUCCACUUACUACUCCAAAUACACGACGACAGCCAAACCCAAGCUUGGCUUUUCAUUUGAGGAUUGAAAAGGAAGAAGAAUUCGGAUCACCUGUUUCAACAUUGUGCUUUGGGCUUGGUCGUGGUACAAAUGCUAGAUCCCGCGGCUUCUCUUCAAACAUAAUCAAGGUACUACUUGGCGAAUUGGCAUGAGCUAUUGUCAUUCACGGAAGUUUGAAGGCCCCUUGUUCUUGAUUAAGUUCAAAUAUGCUUUCCUAACCAUCCUAUAUAAUGGAGGGAUAUACUGUGAUAGGCUAGUGUUACUCUACUAAAAUAAAUUUGCAAAUCAUGUUACUGGCAUGAUAUAUAUAGUCCAUGAAAAUUGGCCUUUGACUAAGGUGCUCUUUUCCUUUUUCUUGUUGGCCUUUUGUUUUUGCAAUUAUCUACUUGCUAGGUCUGAGAAAUUGAACAUGGAGAUCACUCCAAUGGGAAGAAUUACAAGUCUCUGAUACUAGACCAACAAGUAUGUAUGCAGUAUGCGUGUGAAAGUCAAAACUUAUAAUUGACAUGAUCAUGGAAUGGAUAUCACAAAUAUUCUUAUUUCUUGGUAUUC